UACGCCGCUAAACCAAAGCCCGGACGGCGCAACUUCCAAAAUUUGCCCACUUCCUCCUCUUCCUCACGACUCCACUCGUCCCUCUUCCUCAGGAGCCACGACGCACCACCGGAUCGAGAUCACUAGCUAGCCUAGCGAUCCUCGGCGGCCUCGCGCGGGGAAUCAAUGGGGAGCACCGGGCGCGACGAGGAGGCGGUGGCGGCGGCGGAAGUGACCCGCGCCGACUUCCCCGAGGGCUUCAUCUUCGGCGUCGCCACCUCCGCCUACCAGAUUGAGGGGGCGAGAAAAGAGGGUGGCAAAGGUGAUAGCAUAUGGGAUGUAUUUGCAGAUAAUAAAGAACAUAUCCUAGACGGAACAUCUGGAGAAGUUGCAGUUGAUCAUUACCAUCGAUACAAGGAAGACAUUGAACUGAUGGCCAAAUUGGGUUUUGGAGCCUAUAGAUUUUCCAUAUCUUGGUCACGGAUUUUCCCUGAUGGCCUGGGGAAAGAAAUCAAUGAGCAAGGAGUUGCUUUCUAUAACAAUCUUAUAGAUUUUAUGAUUGAGAAAGGUAUUCAGCCUUAUGCAACUCUGUAUCACUGGGAUCUUCCACAUAAUCUGCAACAGACCAUGGGGGGUUGGCUUUCGGACAAGAUUGUAGAAUACUUCGCAUUAUAUGCAGAAGCUUGCUUUGCCAAUUUUGGAGACAGAGUUAAGCAUUGGAUGACAAUCAAUGAACCACUUCAAACAUCAGUUAAUGGUUAUGGCAUUGGAAUAUUUGCACCCGGAGUAUGUGAAGGUGCAGCUGCUGAACCUUUCUUGGCUGCUCAUCACCAGAUCUUAGCUCAUGCUGCUUCUGUUGAUGUCUACAGAAGGAAAUUCAAGGCUGUACAAGGUGGCCAAGUAGGGUUUGUUAUUGAUUGUGAAUGGGCAGAGCCAUUUUCUGACAAAAUGGAAGAUCAGGCUGCUGCAGCACGACGCAUUGACUUCCAACUUGGAUGGUACCUGGACCCAAUAUACUUUGGUGAUUACCCAGAAAGCAUGCGCCAGAGAUUGGGUGAUCAUCUUCCAAAAUUCUCUGAGAAAGAACGUGAACUGAUCAGGAACAAAAUUGAUUUUAUUGGAUUAAAUCACUAUACAUCAAGAUUCAUUGCUCAUCAGCAGGACCCACAAGCUAUCCAUUUCUAUCAGGUUCAACAAAUGGAGAGAAUAGAAAAAUGGAAUACCGGUGAAGGAAUUGGUGAAAGAGCUGCUUCUGAGUGGCUUUUAAUAGUUCCUUGGGGUCUUCGAAAAGCUAUUAAUUAUAUAGUGAAGAAAUACAAUAAUCCAGUGAUAUAUGUAACAGAGAAUGGCAUGGAUGAUGAAGACGAUCAGUCAGCACCACUUGAUCAGGUGUUAAAUGAUACAAAGAGGGUUGGUUUCUUCAAAGGAUAUGUUGGAGCCGUCGCACAAGCAAUAAAGGAUGGUGCCGAUAUUCGUGGAUACUUUGCAUGGUCAUUCUUGGAUAACUUUGAGUGGGCUAUGGGCUACACCAAGAGGUUUGGGCUUGUCUAUGUUGAUUACAAGGAUGGGCUCUCCCGACACCCUAAAGCAUCAGCCAUGUGGUUCUCACGUUUCUUGAAUGGCGAGGCUGCUGACAUCAAACCUGACACAAACUAAGCAAGCAUUCACCAAGGGGGUGGCAUCGCUGUUUGAGGAUAGUUUGCAUGGUCAUUUCCGGACAACUUUGGGUGGGUUAUAGGAUACACCAAGAGGUGUGGUAGUGUUCAUGUUCAAGAAUGGGCUCGCUUGACAUCCCAAAUCGUCGUCAGCACUGUGGUUCUCACACUUGUUGCAAACAAAGCGGAUACGAGACGAGCUGAGUCAUCCUUCAGCAAGUAAAUGAAUAUUACACAGUAACUGUUUGUCCUGUUCACCUGUUGUUGUAUCAUACAGUAACUGCUAGUAUAUCCGUUCACAAUAAUACUCAGAUCUGCUACGGUCUGCCAUUUAUCCAAGAACUGUUCGAUGAAUGUUUAAAGAACCACAGUUCCCUGAAACCUUUGCUACUUAGCUGCUGCUGUUGUACUAGUAACAGUAAGGUUGGUCCUUCAUAGGCCAAAGUAAGCAAUUACCAGAAUGUGUUUUCUGUUUUUA